AUGGAGCAGGUGACAACCCUUUGUGAUCUUGAGGCAUGUGCGGUUGUGUUUGGCCCAGGAGAUACAACACCUUUAAUGUGGCCAUCUCGUGCUGUAGCUGAAACCCUAAUACACAAAUUUGAGUCGAUGUCAGAAUUUACCCGAUCCAAAAAUGUAACUGACCAAGUGUCUUUUUUGAAGGAAAAAGGUGAAAAACUUCAAGCAACCCUUGACAAGAUGAAGGAAGAUAAUGAAGAAACACUAAUGGGUUCUUACAUGUAUCAAAUUGAAAGCGGGGGUAAGGUUUUGAGUGAUUUUGAACCUAGUGAGUUGAAUCGUUUGAUCAAUUUUAUGUUGAAAAAGUAUAAGAUUUUUAGUCAAAGACUAGGGUAUAUUGAAGAGGGUGUGUCCCAUCUUAAUAGUCCUUUAGAGAAUAAGAAUGGGGUAGAUUUUGAGAUAAACACAAAUAAUCAAAGUUUGAAUCAACAACCAUUGUUAGAUUUAGAUAACCAAUGCGAUCGAAUGAUUAUUGAUUUUGAUAACAAUGUUGGAAGUAGCAUGAGGCCAUCACCACAUGAAAAUCUUAAUAAUGGUGGUAACAUGUUUGAAGUUUUUGGAGGCUUCAAUAACAAUGGGGGUAACAACAUUGAUAGAAGCAUGGUGAUACAACCAUAUUCAAAUCCUAGUGUUGGAGUUGGUGAGGUGUUUCCUCAAGGAGUAUUUGAGGGUUUUAAUGGUGGAAGUACUUCGAGAGUGUUUGAUGAAGGAAAAUAUGGAGGUUUCAAUGGCGAAAAAUACUCGGGUUCUGCGGCAUUUCCUCCUAACAUGCUUGGAGUUUCCAAUGGUGAAAAUUAUCAAUCAAAUUUAUUUCCUCAAGGUGAUUUGCAAGGUAGUUAUGGUAUCCCUACCAAUGAUGGAAGUGGCAUGACUAUGCCAAUGCCUUUGAACAUCAAUGAAGACAAUAAUAAUGGAAGACAUAUGAGAAGUUUCAAUGCAAACUUUGCUGAUGGAAACAAUUUCAACAAUAGAUUUCUUUAA